CUCGGGACGCCGCGCCGCUCCGCUCGCGCUGCGCUGCGCUGAUAGACAGAGGAGCGGCGGACUGUAGCGCUUCAUCCCGGGGCCGCAGCAAAGCACAUUUUCCAGGAUCUUCUGCGCUCCCGCCUGACCUCUAAGGUGCAGGCAGCCCUGUCUGGUUUUAUCCAGACUUCAUUCGGGCUCCCAGACUCACUGGGACUGUGUCCUGCACAUCGGCCUUGCGUCCUGAAGCAGUACCGGGAGACCACAUGCCGUCCAACCAGCUCAGAGGAGAAGGAGAUGCUGUCGGAGACCACCUGGAUGAGCGUACGGGGGAGCAGCCCACUGUGUCCCCUUCCAAUGCCGUGGCCGCCCCCGCCGAGGACCCGGAAGCUGGACACGGGGGGCGAGGCCUCCGUAAGGGAAUCGCGCGGCACCACGACUACGUCAAGAUCUCGUUGCCCGACGGAAAGAGCAACCCGCUGCCCCUGGAGUGGUGGAAGACGGCCAUCGCGUUCGUCUACGCCGUCUUCAACCUGGUGCUCACCACGGUGGUCAUCACAGUGGUUCACGAGCGUGUGCCAGCCAAGGAGACCAGCCCGCCAUUACCGGACAAGUUCUUUGAUUACAUCGACCGCGUCAAGUGGGCCUUCUCCGUGACCGAGAUCAACGGCAUGGUCCUUGUGGGGAUAUGGUGUGUGCAGUGGCUGUUCCUGAAAUACAAGGCCAUCGCAGGCAGGAGGUAUUUCUUCCUGAUCGGUACGUUGUACCUGUACCGCUGUGUCACCAUGUACAUAACCACCCUGCCCGUGCCAGGGGUGCACAUGAGCUGUGCCCCGAAGCUCUACGGGAACUCUCAGGCCAAGGUGCAGCGGGUUCUGCAGCUCAUCUCCGGCGCCGGUCUGUCCAUCACGGGCUCCCACCUCAUGUGCGGGGACUUCCUGUACAGCGGACACACGGUCAUGCUGACGCUCACCUACCUCUUCAUCAAGGAGUAUUCGCCGCGUUCCUUCUGGUGGUACCACCUCAUGUGCUGGCUGCUGAGCGCCGUGGGAGUCGUCUGCAUCCUGGUGGCCCACGAGCACUACAGCGUGGACGUGGUGGUGGCCUACUUCAUCACCUCUCGCCUCUUCUGGUGGUACCACACCAUGGCCAACGUGCAGGCCCUGAAAUGCUCUCCCCAUAACUACCUCACCAACACCUGGUGGAACCCCGUGUUCAACUUCCUGGAGCGGAACGUGGAGAGCCAGGUGCCGUGCACCUUCAGCUGGCCCAUCAGUUGGCCGCCCGCCUGCUUCAAGAAAUCCUGCAGGAGGUACUCCAAGGUGCAGAGCACCAGAGAGGAGUAGAUCCCUCGAUGGAGGCCGACGCCACGCUCCCGUUCGCCCUGCUGGACCAAACGUCACAACAGGAAGGAACGACACCCAAAGACUAUGGAAAAAGUGCCUCUUGUGUACAAAGUUAGACUGAAGAAGAACUCUUGUCUUUUUAAUGGGGGAGAGAGUUCAGACCCUUCAUAUCUGAGUCCAGAGGAAAGACGUUAGAAGUGUUCAGAAUUUCUACAGUGUGUUUAACACAGUGGCCUUCAAUACACACACACACACACACCCAAAAAUCUAUGUUUUAUAUCUUAUUCUGUCUGCAGUAUGGCCAAGAGUCCUGUAGCAUUGCAGUGGCGAUAUUUUUUUUUAUUUUUUAUGUUGACAAAAAAUUGAGCUUGGAAAGAACACAGGAAGUUUCAUGAAAAGCCGCCAGGUGUCCGAAUGGAUCGAGCAACAAUAUUUCCAUCAUAGUUUCUAUGAAAAGCAUUUAUUUCUGGCUUGAAAAAGUGUCAGUGUUGGUAGCAGUUGCUUUUUCGUUGUUUGAAACCCAUAGUUUGUGGAUCCGUGUUGCGUCUGCAGGAGGAGGAAUGAACCCAAGGGAAGGAGUCCGGAGACCACUGUCGCAAAGGUGCUCUUAUUCUUUAUAUGCAAUUUCUGUUUCGAUUAAAGUGUUUUUCUAAAGCA